AUGGCAUACAUAUUCCAUUGGCCAGAUUCAAAGACAAUAUUGAAGAAGCCAUUGGUUUUUGCUGAAUUUGGGAAGUCAAAGAAAGAUCCAGGAUACAGUACAAGUGUGAGGGAUUCUUUCUUGAAAACAGUAUAUACGAGCAUCUACAACUUAACUGCAGAACUAUAUGCACACACAAAUACACUGCCAGCUGAAGUCUUAGAAACACAACAAAUUAAAGAUUCUUUGGGAUGUGGUUGA